CUGUCCAUUCCGCUGUACCCAGAAAAGCAAUCUCAAGAUACAUCUACGUACCCACAAUGGAGAAAAGCACAAUGCAAUUACAUAACUUUAAGUACCAGUGACAUUGAUAUGUAUAUGCGUUUUUUGUAGAUGAAGGUGAUGCUGGCCAGUGACGGCAUGAGGACUGGCAGAGGAGGAAGAACAGGGACUGAAGAAAGUAAUACAGCAGUCAAGUUGCUUGAAUGCUGCAAGUGCCCCUAUACUUGCAUCCAACAGGCAGAGAUGGAUAUGCAUUAUCGUACACAUCCAGAAGUGAAACCAUACUCAUGCCCACACUGUCCUUUCCGUUGUUCCCGCAGCGAUAACCUAAAGAUACACAUUCGUAUCCAUACUGGAGAGAGACCCUUUUCAUGCCCUCACUGCCCACAUCACUCUGCAACAAGUAGUGAUCUGAAGAAACACAUUCGUACUCACACUGGGGAGAAGCCAUACCUGUGUCCCUUUUGUCCAUUCCGAAGUACUCAAAGCAGUAACCUUAAGAUUCAUUUAAGAACACACAACAGUGGACAUGCAUAUAGAUAAUUUCUAUGUUUCAUUUAGUAUUUGUUAUCUCGCUAAAUUAGUGUAUUGAUUCAGUCCAUGUAAGCCUAAUUACCUGAUAUAUAUAAGUAUUUCUGAGGCAGUAAGAUUUCAGGCAUCUGUAGUUCACAAGUUGCACUUUGAAUAAUUUGUGUACUUAAUCUGUACAUUGUGCCAUCUUGGUUGUUUCCCUUUCUCUAUGUGAGACUACUGUAUUGCUGUUUUCUUUGUUGGUAUUUUGUGUCAGAUUAUAAAAAGAAAUGUUCUUUUAAGUUUUUGUUACUUAGGACAAAUAAUAGGAACUUGUUUGUUAACUUGAUGUAUAUUCGUUUUUUAAAUACAAAAUGUAUUUGAACCUGUAUUUAUUCCUUUUGAGGAAAAUAAUAAUUGACUAAUCAUCAUUUUCAGUUAUAAUUUAACAAGCAUGCAAGUAUGCACACUUUUCCACAUACAAAUACACAUACAUUCAUAAACACUCAGUUAGUCACUCACUCGCUCACUCACUCACUCACUCACUCACUCACUCACUCACUCACUCACUCACUCACUCACUCACUC